GUUGUCCCAGAGGCCCUUGGCCAGACCUGAGCCUCUGCUGCCAUGGCUAUUGUACAGACCCUGCCGGUGCCACUGGAGCCCACCCCUGAGGCCGCCACUGCCCCACAAGCUCCGGCCAUGGGCAGCGUGAGCAGCCUCAUCUCAGGCCGGCCCUGCCCUGGGGGGCCAGCUCCACCCCGACACCAUGGCCCUCCUGGACCCACCUUCUUCCGCCAGCAAGAUGGUCUGCUUCGGGGUGGCUAUGGAGCACAAGAGCCACUAUGCCCAGCUGUGCCCCCGAGGAAAGCUAUCCCCGCCACCAGCUUCACCUACAUCAACGAGGACUUCCGGACAGAAUCACCUCCCAGUCCCAGCAGUGAUGUUGAAGAUACCCGAGAACAACGGGCACACAAUGCCCACCUCCGGGGUCCCCCACCAAAGCUCAUCCCUGUCUCUGGAAAGCUGGAAAAGAACAUGGAGAAAAUCCUGAUCCGCCCAACAGCCUUCAAGCCAGUGCUGCCCAAACCUCGAGGGGCACCAUCCCUACCUGGCUUCCUGGGUCCUCGGGCCUCUGGGCUGUCUGGGAGCCAGGGCAGCCUGACACAGCUGUUUGGAGGCCCUGCCUCCUCCUCCUCCUCUUCCUCUUCCUCCUCGACCGCCGACAAGCCCCUCGCACUAAGUGGCUGGACCAGUGGGUGCCCAUCUGGGACACUGUCCGACUCUGGCAGGAACUCACUGUCCAGUCUGCCUACGUACAGCACUGGAGGUGCUGAGCCAGCCACCAGCUCUCCUAGUGGGCACCUGCCCGCCCAUGGCCCUGGGCGGGGUCCGCUGCCUGGGCCAGCCCGAGGGGCCCCUACUGGGCCCUCCCACUCGGACAGUGGCCGGUCAUCCUCCAGCAAGAGCACAGGCUCCCUGGGUGGCCGCAUGGCUGGAGGACUGUUGAGCAGUGGUCCCCGGGCCUCGCCUGAUAGCAGUUCCUGUGGGGAGCGCUCCCCACCACCUCCACCCCCUCCACCCCCUUCGGAUGAGGCCCUGCUGCACUGUGUCCUGGAAGGAAAGCUCCGAGACCGGGAAGCAGAGCUGCAGCAGCUUCGGGACAGUCUGGAUGAGAGCGAGGCGACCGUGUGCCAGGUGUACGAGGAUCGGCGGCACUGGCCGCGGGAGCCGCCGAGAGAGGACUGUGCGGCCCAGGCGCAGCAGGUGGCCCAGCGGGCUCAGCGGGCCCAGCAGCUCCUGCAGCUCCAGGUCUUCCAGCUGCAGCAGGAGAAGCGGCAGUUGCAGGACGACUUCGCACAGCUGCUCCAGGAGCGCGAGCAGCUGGAACGGCGCUGUGCAGCCUUUGAGAGGGAGCAGCGGGAGCUGGGACCACGGCUGGAGGAGACCAAGUGGGAGGUGUGCCAGAAGUCUGGUGAAAUCUCCCUGCUGAAGCAGCAACUGAAGGAAUCUCAGGCAGAGCUGGUGCAGAAGGGCAGUGAGCUGGUGGCCCUGCGAGUGGCGCUUCGGGAGACCCGGGCCUCACUGCGGGUCAGUGAGGGCCGGGCCCGGGGUCUCCAGGAGGCAGCCCGGGCACGGGAGCUGGAGCUGGACGCCUGUUCCCAGGAGCUGCAGCGACAUCGCCAUGAGGCAGAGCGGCUGCGGGAGAAAGCUGGGCAGCUGGAUGCCGAGGUGGCUGGACUUCGGGAGCCCCCUGUGCCGCCCACCACUGCUGACCCCUUCCUCCUGGCAGAGAGUGACGAGGCCAAGGCACAGCGGGCAGCAGCAGGGGUUGGGGGCAGCCUGCGGGCCCAGGUGGAGCGGCUGCGGGCAGAGCUGCAGCAGGAACGGCGACGGGGUGAGGAGCAGCGCGACAGCUUCGAAGGGGAGAGGCAGGCCUGGCAGGCGGAGAAGGAGCAGGUGAUUCGCUACCAGAAGCAGCUGCAGCACAACUACAUCCAGAUGUACCGGCGCAACCGGCAGCUGGAGCAGGAACUGCAGCAGCUCAGCCUGGAGCUGGAGGCCCGGGAGCUCGCUGACCUGGGCCUGGCCGAGCCGGCCCCCUGCAUCUGCCUAGAGGAGAUCACUGCUACCGAAAUCUAGGGUCCUGAGAUCCAGCUUGCAGGGAGCUCUGCUGAAGACAGCAGAAGCCUCAUGUCCACUCAGGCCC